AUACUUCAGUCUCACACAGACAUUCUCAUCUGUCCAGAGAGAGAGAGAGAGCUGCUAGACUACUAUUGAUACAUCUCCAAGGACUAGCAGAACUAGCAGAACAGCAAUGGCUUCUAUGGGGCUUCAGAUUUUGGGAAUUCUCCUAUCUAUCGUUGGCUGGCUGGGAACCUUAGUAUGCUGUGCUCUUCCCAUGUGGAGGGUGACUGCCUUCAUCGGUAACAAUAUUGUGGUGGCCCAAAUUGUCUGGGAAGGUCUUUGGAUGAACUGUGUGGUACAGAGCACUGGACAAAUGCAAUGCAAGAUCUACGAUUCCAUGCUGGCUCUUCCUCAGGACCUGCAGGCUGCCCGAGCCCUCAUUGUCAUUGCUAUUGUGGUGGCUAUUCUUGGAGUUUGUAUGGCCAUCCUUGGAGGCAAGUGCACCAACUGUGUGGAAGAUGAGUCUACGAAGUCCAAAAUUAUGAUUGUAUCCGGCAUUGUAUUUAUUGUGGCUGGCAUCCUCGCCCUGAUCCCUGUCUCAUGGUCUGCCAAUAACAUAAUUCGUGAUUUCUACAAUCCACUGGUGGUCGAGGCUCAAAAGAGGGAAUUGGGUGCAUCACUGUACAUAGGGUGGGCAUCUGCCGCUCUGCUGCUUCUCGGAGGAGCAAUGCUCUGCUGCAACUGCCCACCAAGGGAUCAGAAAGCUUAUUCUGCCAAGUACUCAGCAGCACGAUCUGGACCAGCCAGUAACUACGUCUAAGGAACAACAAGAACAACAUAAACUUUUGCAUUUCCUCAACUAAAGACCAACUAAAAUCUUGCUACUCUUCAUAUAAUUUUCUCUUCAAUGUGACAUUGAUUUGCAGUUUGGAGACCACUGCUCGUUGACUAUUCAAACCUCUAAUGAAUGGAGAGAUGCCGUGAUGAUUGAUCUAUCCUUCCCUACCAACAUUGCAGCAAAGCACAUGCCCAAGCAAGUAUCCACCAACUUUCUCACCCAACAGAUGUUUUCACUCCUCAGAAACUGGGACAAGUGAACAAGGGUGUUUGAAGAAUUGUUGAAAAUUGGUUAGGGGAUCAUAGCUGCAUUCAUGAACAUUUACAUGAUCAAUCACUUAAAAAUGUAUAAUUGCAACAUUCUAUGCAGGUAUGUUCUGCGUGAUUAGAGGGUAAGACCACCAACCACCUCUGGUCAAAAUGCCAAACCCGGGAAAAGUUAAUUUCUAUGAGAAGGAAAUUUACAAUAGACAGGUUAACCUCAGGGACAAUAGCACAAGAACGCAAAAAGAGGAGGGAAGGUGUGAGAUUAUGUGAAAAGUGAAUUUUUUUUUUUUUUUUUUAAUCUCUAUACACCAAUGAUAUAAUUUUGUCCGAGACGUUCAGGGGAAUCUGAAGGUAUUUCAGUGUUGUGAAGGAUUUGUGCAUAUGUCAACUAAAUAUGUAUACAAAGCAACCCUCUAAUAUUUAAAUCUGAUCUUGUUUAGUACAAGGAAAUAUCUGUCACCCAAUAUAUGCAUUAGGUUUGCCACUGAAACCUAGAGUACGUGUAGAUGUAGCCUUUACUGUAUGUGGAUUCUUUCCAACCCUUUAAGUGCCAAAGAGGAUUGCAUCACAAUCAUUUCUGACACUUAGCAUAGAAUUAACCAUAAAUAUCCAUUAAUAAACGAUCUUAUGGAAAAUGUAUACUGCAGGGCUUCAAUGUAAUCAGUGCUGCCCUACAUGACACAUUUUUUUAAAAAACUGUUCCUAGUCAAAGGGGAAAACUGAUUGCCACAAAUGAAGGUAUCCUUCAACUUAAUAACUCCUUCCUCUGAUAGGGAUAUUUAAAAAAAAUUACAAACCAAUUUCAUCUAUCUGUUAUAUCAAUGUAAUAUUCAGCCAG